CAUCCGCAACCAUAACUGUUGCCAAACAAAUCCCAACUAACUGUAAAUCAAGCAACCUGAGAGGGCUUUUAGGUAAUUUCGCAAUCCCCUUCGAUUUCCUCGCCACUAGUCUCUACUCUCCAGUAUCCACCUGUCACCCUCUCUUCGCCCCAGAGCGAGAAAAAGCUACCUUCAGAAAAACGACGCCGUCGGAGGAAUCGAUCGCAUCGGAAAAUCGACAAAUCUAGGGUUUAUUCCAUACCUGAUGGAUGCGGCGGUGGCGUCGAGCGCUGGCGGAGGAGCCAAUGGCAACCUCGACGAACAAAUCGCGCAGCUCGUGCAGUGCAAACCCCUGUCCGAGCCUGAGGUAAGGAUGUUAUGUGGCAAGGCCAAAGAGAUCCUGAUGCAAGAGAGCAAUGUGCAGCCUGUUAAAAGCCCAGUUACUAUAUGUGGUGACAUUCAUGGUCAGUUCCAUGAUCUUGCUGAGCUUUUCCGGAUUGGUGGGAAGUGUCCGGAUACAAAUUAUUUGUUUAUGGGAGAUUAUGUUGAUCGAGGAUACUAUUCUGUGGAGACAGUGACGCUCUUGGUGGCUUUGAAAGUGCGUUAUCCUCAAAGGAUCACUAUUCUACGCGGAAAUCAUGAAAGCCGCCAGAUUACUCAGGUUUAUGGUUUUUACGAUGAAUGCCUACGAAAAUAUGGAAGCGCCAAUGUGUGGAAGACCUUCACAGAUUUAUUUGACUUCUUUCCUCUUACUGCACUGGUUGAGUCAGAAAUCUUUUGUCUCCAUGGUGGAUUGUCUCCAUCCAUUGAAACUCUUGACAAUAUCCGUAAUUUUGAUCGUGUUCAAGAAGUUCCUCAUGAAGGGCCUAUGUGUGACCUUUUGUGGUCUGAUCCUGAUGACCGAUGUGGUUGGGGUAUCUCUCCUAGGGGUGCUGGAUAUACAUUUGGCCAAGACAUAUCAGAGCAAUUUAACCAUACGAACAACUUGAAGCUUAUUGCUAGAGCUCACCAGCUGGUUAUGGAGGGAUUUAACUGGGCUCAUGACCAAAAGGUUGUUACAAUCUUUAGCGCACCUAAUUAUUGUUACCGCUGUGGAAACAUGGCAUCUAUUCUUGAAGUUGAUGAUUGCAAGGGUCAUACUUUCAUUCAGGUCUCUCUUUCUCUCUCUCUCUCUCUCUCUCUCUCUCUCUCUCAUGUUGUGUGUGUACCUACCUUUACACCUUAUUCAUCUGGUAUUGGUCCAAUUGGGCAUCUCCUUGUCAAAUGCAGUUUGAGCCAGCUCCCAGACGUGGUGAGCCAGAUGUAACCCGAAGAACACCAGAUUACUUUCUCUGAAGUAGCUGGAGGGUUGCCGAGUUCUGUAAGGCAGAUGCCUGCUAGCUGUUUUGUGUGUCGAUAGCUGCCCUAUAAUUUCAAAAAAAUAUACUGCAAGUAUCAAUCAUUGGGUGGUAGAAAGCAUAAAAAAGAAGUCUGGUGCUACUUUCUUCGGUUCAGCUGUUACUAUGGAGACAUACUGCAAAAGAGGCAGAGGAGCUCGGCUGUGCUGUCCACUCACAUACACUACUGAUGCAAAGAUGUGGAAUUUUCUCCCACUUUCCCAUUUUUUUCCAUUUUUUUGUUUACCAUAUUUUGUACGAGACUACAUUAAAUUUUUGUCUCUCUCCAGAACUUUUGUCUUCUCAUUUGAGAAAAUACAAAAGGUUGUAGAGGAGAGAGUUUUAUCACUUCCUAAAUAUUUCUUGUGGAUGCUGUUAUGUAUUUUUGCAAUUAAUGAAUGGUUUUUGGUCC